GAGGAUAUUAUUGUCAGAAUGUAACAAUUCCGUGCGGACAGCCGGACACGGUGAACGUGCCAAGGAAAUGUAGAAAAGUCUCUGCUCAUUCUCUGCCCUUUGAGUUGACUUCCAAUACGAUUCCUACUGAAACUCUCUUGCUCUAUUUUCUCCCCUUUUAUCCAAACUGGAGGUAUUUUUGCAAUCAAUUCCCGCGAAUCAAUUCAAUUUCACUGAAAACAAUUUCCCUCGCUUUCUUUGUAUCAAAUUUUGAUCAGAUCCAGCUCUCAGUUUAAUCCAACUGCCAGUCCCUGCGUCAUAAAAGAUAGCAGAGCGAGGCAGAUCAAACCCUAAUUUUAGUUGAAAUAUGUCGAAUUCCCUUCCUUAUUCCAUGAAAGAUGUCCACUAUGCUAACGCCAAGUUUCGUCAACGUUCUUUUCUCAAGGUGAUCUCGCAGUCAUCGAUUGCUAAUAACUUAAAGCGUGAAUGUGUAAGUUGUAGCACAGGGAAGUUUCUAAUGUUAUUGAUGAUGUUUGGUUUAGCAUAUCUUAUGCUAACACAUACAAGUACUGCCCAUUCCUUUUCUGAUGGACUAGCAAUAAAUGGUAGUGAAGAAGGUACCGUCACUACAGUUAGCAAUAGUAGACUUGGAAAAUUAUUUAGGAAACCACCGCGGCUUCCUCCAAGAUUAUCACCUGACGAAAAGGUUAGCAUUCAGAAGCUAAAUGCUAAUUCGAAGUGGUUAGAACGACAACAAAAAGUAAAGGAUGCUUUUAUCCAUGCUUGGUCUGGCUAUAAAAAAUAUGCAAUGGGUUAUGAUGAACUUAUGCCACUGAGCCAUCGGGGAGUUGAUGGCUUAGGAGGUUUAGGUGCUACUGUUGUGGAUGCUCUGGAUACAGCCAUGAUAAUGGGUGCUGAUGAAAUUGUUUCUGAAGCAGGAUUGUGGAUUGAGACACACCUUUCUGAUAGGAUUAGUAAGAAAGGCCAAGUUAAUUUAUUUGAAACUACAAUUCGUGUCUUGGGUGGUCUUUUAAGUGCAUAUCAUUUAAGUGGAGGGGAGCAAGGGACUAACUCUAUGCAUAAAGAGCCAAAGCCAAUUGUUUAUUUAGAAAUUGCUAGAAACUUGGCUGAUCGUUUACUAUUGGCUUUUACUUCUAGUCCAACUCCUAUUCCCUUUAGUGAUGUUGUUCUACAUGAACCCUCAGCGCAUCGUUCUCCUGACGGUCUGAGUAGUACUUCAGAAGCUUCAACUUUGCAGCUUGAGUUCAAUUAUCUCAGUACUGUUUCUGGUGAUCCCAAGUACAGCAUGGAAGCUAUGAAGGUUUUGGCUCAUAUGAAGAAUCUUCCUAAAGUAGAAGGCCUGGUUCCUAUCUAUAUCAGCCCUGACACUGGUGAAUUCAGUGGAGAAAAUAUUAGACUGGGAUCUCGUGGUGACAGCUAUUAUGAGUACCUAAUUAAAGUAUGGCUUCAGCAGGGAACCAGUCGAGAUACCAAUUUUACUUAUCUACACAACAUGUAUGAGGAGGCUAUGAAGGGUGUUAGGCACCUCCUUGUUCAGAAGUCCCUCCCAAAUGGAUUGGUUUUUGUUGGGGAGUUGCCUUAUGGACCGAACGGCUCUUUUAGUCCCAAAAUGGAUCACUUGGUGUGCUUUUUGCCUGGUACACUUGCUCUUGGUGCCACUAAGGGUAUCUCGAAGGAAAAGGCAAUGAAAGACAAUCUGCUUAAAUUUGAAGACUUCGAAAAUUUAAAGCUCGCUGAAGAUUUAGCAAAGACAUGCUUUGAAAUGUAUUCAGUAACAUCUACUGGUCUUGCCCCAGAAAUUGCUUAUUUUCAGACCAAGGAAUACUCUGAAGAUGGGCUUGAUGGUGGGAAUAAGAGUUCAAAGUUUAUUGAUGACGUAAUAAUCAAACAUGCUGAUCGCCACAAUCUGUUGCGCCCUGAAACUGUAGAAUCACUGUUUGUGCUGUAUCGAAUCACUGAGGAUCCCAAAUACCGUGAAUGGGGUUGGCAGAUCUUUGAAGCAUUUGAGAAGUACACCAAGGUCCAAUCUGGUGGAUAUAGCUCUUUAGAUGAUGUCACUGUGCUUCCUCCUCGGAGAAGAGACAAGAUGGAGACCUUUUAUUUGGGAGAGACUCUGAAGUAUCUGUACUUGCUGUUUGGAGAUAGCUCUAUCAUACCAUUGGACAAGUUUGUCUUUAACACAGAAGCACAUCCUUUUCCUAUUAAAGGGACAUGAGAGGGAUUGAUUUCUUUUUCAUCGAAAUUAUACAUAUGAAGAAACACUCCUCAAGCUGAGGCGUGUAUUUUCACAGGCAAUAGACUCUGCUGCAUUUAGAAUUUUGCUGGUGCAUCAUUUGGAUGAUUAGUUCCUGGUUCAAAGUGGAAAUCAAUGAAGUGGUAAUCAAGAAAUGUUGUUCGGUGCCUCAACUUUUUGUCCGUGUACAAUGCAUCAAUCAUUUGAUCUGCAGUCAUUUAUGUAGAGAGGAAGUUUUUCUUUGGGCAGUUCUAUAUUUAUAGGGCCCGCCAGAUUAUAAAAUUGAUUGUAAGAUGUAAUUCUUUUAGUUAACAUUUUUGUUUGCGUAAUUAUAUGUGGAUUGGGGUUAUUUGCUCCAAAUUUACUGAGUGAAAGUGGAACCAUUUGUAUUGACUUCCCAAUUUUCAGAAAUUACUGGAGUUCCGGAGGCCGAAUUGGGGGCCCAUUUUUGACAA